UGAACGGUGAUUUGACAACCUCUUUGAUUCAAGAUCAAGAAAAAUGGAAAACGUAUCUCAACGUAGGAGGUGACGCUUACGCUUUUAGCAAGUUAAUCGGACAAAACAAAUACAAUGAAGUUAACGCUCAAGCUGAUCAAAGAACCAUUAGCGAAACUUUAAGAACCAUGAGAAAUUUAAAAAAAUAUGUUCCUCAAGAAGAAAACAAUUCUCUUAAUCCUAUGCCUCCUAAUUCUGUACAAUCAAGUUUAAAUAAUUUAUCACAAAAAACUACUUUAAAUACUAUUCAACCUACUAACAAAAAAGUUUAUCUUUUAACUCCUCUUAAUCGAUUUUUAACUUUUUACGAAAAACCUAACGAGGCAGAAGUAACCAAACUCAUGGCAAAUUUAGCUAGAUCAAAUAUGGCUAAAUUAGCUCGUAAUUUAUUAGACAUGUGUAAAAAUCAAGUCAAUCACACUUUUGGUUCAAAUCACAUUUCUUUACGCGUUUAUAAACCUAGAGGUGAAGAAGCAACAUUAAACAAUUUAAAAAUAUACAUUCAAUUUAUGAAUAACGUAGUAGACGUUGAAGAAUCUUUAGCUAGCAUUAUAAACAACGUUAACGCAACUUCUUACGAACUCAUUAAUGAUCCUAAACAAUAUUCUUAUUACGCUAACGAAUUUUUAACUUUACUUGCUUCACCUCAAAGCGUAGGCAAUUUAAGAAUGGUUGCAGAUUAUUAUCAAAUUAAACAUCUUACUUUUGCUAAAUUGUGGAAUUAUUUAAAAAAAUAUAAUAUACCUUUUAGAAACGAAAACAAACUGACGUCAGAAAGCGCGUAUCAAGAAACCUUUUCAAGUCGUCCUUAUACUGUAAUGACUUCAGCCUUUUUUGAAAGCGAUUCUUUAGUAGACAAAAGUUUUUCGGGAAAUAUUGCUUUUGAUCUUUUAUCUGAAACAAAAAAUAUUGUCAACACGUGGUUAAAACAAUACACAGAACAAUUUAAAGGUUACAACUUUAACAUUUUAACCGAUUACAUCAAAUCGAACAGCGUUUACAUGCUCGACAAAAAUAUUUAUAAUUUAAUGAUUAACAAUUACAACGAAAACGCGAUGCAAAGUAUAUCAAUCGGUGAACACAUGUUAAACCUUACAUUUAAAACGUUUUUUGCAAAUCCACCUUCUUUACCAUAUAGAGAUGUAGACGACGUAGUACAAUUACAAGACAACGUAGUAACCGCUUGCAUACAAGCAAACAUGCAAGAUUUUUUAGAACAAAUUAAAAGCAAUUCGAAUCAAUUUUAUAAUACAGAAAUCAACGUUAAACAAAAAACAAUCAUCGAAAUGAUGAUGAUAAUGGGUUCUUUAUACAGUUCUCAACUCUUUCGAUUGAAUACUCUUUUAUCGGCAUAUAAAAAAUUUGAUAUCAACCUUUCUCCUGUAAAGAAAUCUUUUUUUUCAAAAAAAUCUGUAUUACCUACUCCUGAAUCUUUAGUUGAUACACCUCAAUCUAGUUCUAAAGAUAAACCUUGGUUAGAAUCUACUCCAAAAGAAGACUCUUGGUUAUAUAAAGAAGAAAAACCUGUCGGUGCUACUGCUUUGCCUACGGAAGAAAAACCUAUCGGUGCUACCGCUUUACCUACUGAAACUACACCAUUUACUAGUAAAGAUAUAAAACCUAAAACUAAAAACCGAUUAGAAAGAAAAUAUCCGACAGGAAAAAAAGCUCUUUAA